AUGUCGUCUUUUCUUAACUAUGCAGAACUAUGUAGAAGAGCUGCAUUCAUAAAAGAGAAAAAUGUAGAGUUUUGCGCAAAAUGUGCUGAUCAUCAUUCUACUGAAAAAUGCACAACAACACUAUUGAAAUGUGUCGGUUGCGAAGGUGGUCAUGCAUCUAACUCAAAUGCCUAUCCAUCUUUUAUUGAACAGCGGCAAAAAUUACAAAAAAUGAUUGAUGAAUACACUACUCCAUUGAAACCACAAGCUUCAUUAAAUCCACAAAAUUAUCCACCUCUCCCAACACCAUCGUCACCGUGCCCUUGCUCACAUCAUUAA